AUGGCAGCUUCCACAAGCACCAACAACAGAGAUGUGGCAGAGUACUUACCGCUAUGUAAAGCUAUCGCGAGAGGCAACUGGGAAGAAGCCAAUGAAUUUUUUAGCCAGGACCCAGAUGCGUUAACAGCCAUAUUGGAUAUCAGCGAGUAUAGAGCACUCCACCUUGCAAUUGAAAGAACUCAUAAUCUCCGGUUUGUUCAGAAUCUCUUGGACCGAAUUGAUCCUGACUUACUUCCAACUCUUGUGGAUCAAGAUGCAAGAAACCCAUUGCACUAUGCUGCAGUGGUUGGAAACAUUGAUGCAGGGAUGAUGUUAGUGGAGAAAAACCCACAUUUGUUAUUCAUGUAUGAUAAUAACGAUCACUUGCCUAUCCAUAGAGCUCUUUUUGUUUCGAAUGCAAUCAUGGCUCAACGUUUGUUUGAGGCCUCUAUCGAAAACAUUGGCUUUUGUGACGAGCAGCAAGGAUGUCAUAGCCCCUUUGAAGGGAGCAAUGGUGCUGUGAUUCUCUAUAAAGCAAUUAGUGUGGGAUUUCUCGAUAUAGCAUGCCAGUUGAUCGAGAUGUUCCCUGAAUUGGCUAGAACAAAGUAUAUGGAGUAUGACUCGCCAUUAUGGUGUAUGGCUCUGAAUAAGGACUUGUAUUACAGUGGAACAAGAUACAACUUCUUUGAAAGAUUUGUUUAUUUUCAUGUGCUGACAGAGAACCACAAAUUUGGCAAUGCUGGUAUGGUCCGAGAUGUUGAGAACCAACAGAUUUGCAUCCACAAUGUAUUGCGCAUCAACAACCUCGUGGAAGACAAAGUGAAGCAUAAUAAAACACUUAAGCUACUCACCCGUCUAUGCGAAGAGGCUGUCAAAACAAAUAGUUCUGAUUUCGCGCACCAAUUCUUUGUUGCAACCACUCUAGCAGCAAGAGAAGAUAACCCUGAGGCAAUAGAAGAAAUGCUUAACCAUUUUCCAGUAGCUAUUUGGUCUGGCUUAGAUGACCAUUACCUCAUUCAACAAGCGGUUAUAUGCCGUUGUGAAAAGGUUUACAAUUUGUUAGUACAUCAGAUGAGCAAUAACCUGUCUUUGCAUAAAGUACUAAAAGACAGAGCUGGAAACACUGUGUUGCACUUGGCUGGAAAAUUGGCACCAAUACAUAAACUGAAUGAGGUUUCAGGUGCAGCUCUACAAAUGCAAAGGGAGUUGCAGUGGUUUCGGGAAAUAGAGAAAUUUGUGCUACCCAAUAAGUACCAUGAAGAAACCAACAUAAUCCAAGAGACGCCAAUGAUGGUUUUCAGAAGAGAACAUAAGGAGUUGAGAAAAGAAGGUGAAGAAUGGAUGAAAAAAACAGCAGAUUCAUACACAAUCACAGCUGCACUCAUCAUCACAAUAGUUUUCGCAGCGGCAAUUACUGUGCCUGGUGGAAACAACGGUGACACUGGAGUAGCAAUUUAUGCAACAAAACCAAGCUUCAUCAUAUUUGCAGUUGCGGAUGCAAUCUCUUUAUUCACAUCGACUACUUCUUUGUUGUUGUUCCUAUCCAUUCUCACAACUCGUUAUAGAGAGGAGGAUUUUCUCUACAAGUUACCUACGAGAUUAUUACUUGGGCUGGUGAUGUUAUUCAUAUCCGUAACAACGAUGAUGAUAGCAUUUAGUGCAACAUUAUAUCUUAUGUUUGGACAAGGGAAGACAUGGAUCGUAAUUCCAAUAGGGGCAUUAGCAUUUUUGUCGAUUGCCACCUUCACGACAUUACAGUUUCCUUUACUUAUUGAGCUAAUCUCUUCAACAUAUGGUCGAGGAAUCUUUGGAAAACACAAUUAUCACAAGGUAGGAUCCGUUACCUUGUGA